AUGUUAACCAGAUUAUCCAGAUCAACCUUAUCAAGAGCAAAGUAUCUUUCUGUUUCCAGAUUUGUAUCUACUUCCCUGUUGUCAAUCAAUACAUUCAAUGACAAUGAGAUCUCAUUAUCAAUCAAUGACAAGAAUGUUAAAUUUAAAACUGCAUUCUUAAGAGAUUCUUGUCAAUGUCCAAAAGCAGUUGAUCAAUGCACCAAACAGAAAUUAUUCACUACUUCUGAAGGUGCUGAUAAACUUUCAAUUGCUUCUCCACCAGCAGUGAUUCAAAAUCCUGAGACUAAUGAAAAUAUAUUACUGGUUAAAUGGAGUAAUAAUGGUAGUAUUAUGAAUUCUAAAUAUCCUGUUUCAUUCUUGGAAAAUUAUUCAACUAAAGCUGGUCGUAGAAUUGGAAAAUUCUUUGAUAAAGAUAGAAAAUUAUGGGAUAAACAAGAAAUUGAAAAUAAUCUUGAAUCAUUACAAGUUGAUUAUAAUGAUUUCUUUAAUAAUGAAGAAAUAUUUUUCCAAACAGUAUACAAUUUGAACAAAUAUGGAUUAACAUUCAUUAACAAUAUCCCAGAACCAGUAUUACAAUCCAUGAAUGAAGAAAAUGCCACCCAAUGGCCGGUAUUUAAAUUAGCAUCUAGGUUCGGAUAUAUCAAAAAGACAUUCUAUGGUACUUUAUUUGAUGUUAAGAAUGAAAAGGAAGAAGCCAAAAAUAUUGCCAAUUCAAAUACUUUCUUACCUCUUCAUAUGGAUCUUUUAUAUUAUGAAUCUCCACCUGGGUUACAAUUAUUACAUUUCCUUAAGAAUUCUACAAUUGGAGGUGAAAACAUCUUUUGUGAUUCAUUCUUGGCGGCUCAACAUGUUAGAAAUGUUGAUCCCGUGGCAUAUGAUGCAUUAACCAAGAUUCCUAUAACUUAUCAUUAUGACAAUAAUGGAGAAUAUUAUUAUUUUAAGAGACCAGUAGUUAUUGAAAACCCUGAUGUUUCUGAAGUCACUUCAGAAUUCCCACCUAUUGAAGUAGUCAACUAUUCACCUCCAUUUCAAGGUCCUUUAGAAAUUGGAAUUGCGGAAACUGAAGGUGAUAAUGCUGUUGAUAAAGGGUAUUAUGCUAUGUUUGAUGAUUUCUUGAAAGGUCUUAAAUUAUUUGAAGAUUUUAUUAAUGAUCCAAAGAAUCAUUUUGAAAUUAAGAUGAAAGAAGGUUCUUGUGUUAUAUUUGAAAAUAGAAGAGCAUUACAUUCGAGAAAUGGGUUUUCAGAUGAAAAUGGUGGAGAUAGAUGGUUAAUGGGGACAUAUGUUGAUGGUGAUAGUUUUAGAUCUAAAUUACGUACUGGGUAUCGUAAAUUCAAGUAG